UACCCUCCGGCAAUGUGGAAGAUGGAUUGGACGGCGAGGAGAGAGAAGAAUGUUGGUUUUGGGAACAGAAACAAAAAUAAGCAGAGAGAGGUCCUCUAGAAAGGGGAGGGGAUAUUGGCAGCGCUAGCCACCAAAGUUCCCCUCGGUAGCAUUCGCGAUGCACGGUCGGGCAGGAGUAGCGUCGAUUCGUACACGACCAAUUCGAUAAUGGUCAUCGCGAUCAUACAAUUCAAAUGGCUCACCUACGUUCCGCCCCCCCCUCCGUCUCUACCAUUUAUGGGCCACUAGCGACUUUAAAAAUCCAACAAGAACGACAAGACGCGACGAAAACAACGAGAAUGAGAACACCAACGCCGAAUAACGCUCAAUCCCGCGCCCGUUCUGGUUCAACAAGGUCCCAAUUGGCCAGUGGCUUACGCACUCCUCCACUACCGCCACGCUCUCAAGUUGACAUCUCCUUCUUUCACCCACAUACCAGGGCACCACAACAUAACAAAAGCACCAGCAACAACAAUGGCACGGGUACUCUAUCACACAACAACCACCACUAUCACGAUCCUAAUCCAGGCUUCACGCCCGUGUUCGUGACGACAUGCACUUGCCAUCGAAUUCGGCGUCCCAUCCUCAUCCACCACCCUAAACUCGUGAUGUCAACGGCGCACUGGGCAGAUGUUGAGACUAAGGCCGAACUUACGCUGGACACUCAUUUGCGCUUGCAGAGGAGGCGCGCCCCACGGAUGGGUAGUGCACCGCGAAUCGCACUGAGUGCAACUGAGGAAAGAAGAAGAGGACAUGAUUCAACCUUAGGCCUCAAGACGUCCACCCUAUCCCCAACCACCUUUCACGAACACACCUCUCAAUUUUAUUCUCCACGUGAGAACACACCUUUUUUUUCGAGUGCUUGCAGCAACAACCCCCGCGGAGUUUUCGUUCUGAGGCGAGCGAAGCAGAGUAGUAUUCCCUUGCGAAAGGUCGGACGAGACACAACCAGUAGCCAAAAUCAUUGUAACCUUAGAUCGUCAGUGCUUAAUACUUUCGCCGACAUGCUGGCAUUCUGCAUUACUCGAUCGUGCACUCUGUGUUCAUUCGAAACCGUUUACCUUCCAGUCUUUGGUGUACAAGUCACAUGAAUAAGGUGCCCAUCUAACUAAUAAAUCCUCUUUUCCACUGAGAA